AUUGAUUGAUUCACUUGCCUUCAUUUCAGCACUCUCCAAUGAAACUCUCCUAUGAAAUAUUUUAUUCAGCGGCGGCAUUACAUGGUUGCUUGUUCAUAGUGAGGAGAAGGUGGGGGGCACCCUUGAUGAAACUGAGAGGUGACACAUCAGUGUGAAAUGUGCUGGUUAAUGGAGGGAGAAAUUGAAAAGGGAGGCGCCGUGGAAAAAUGACGGUCAAACAACCUUCAAUCUGACGUCCUCUUAAAUUUUCGUGGCAAUCUCCUGCCAGGAAUGUCAAAAGGAGUUGUAAGGAUUUAGUGGAGGACGGAGGGGGAAGAAGAGGGGCAGGUCCAAAAAAGAGAGACAGCAGUGUCUCCACUUUUGAGAACAAAGCAUCACAGGCUCUUUGCUCUAUGGUGUGCACCACAGGAGAACUCUGCUUUGCAAGUUUUUUUUUGUAAGGUGAAUUUACAUGAGGGCUUUAUUUGUGGUUCUCGUCUACUACAGUAUUUAUCCGCUGUGCCGUCCUGAUCACAACGCCCGACCGGACCGCCGCAUUACACACGUGUGUUUAGGACGCAAAGAACAACCAUGACCGCCAUCAACUCGCCCAGAGACAAAUACAAUGCAGUGUGGCUGAUCUUUUUCAUCCUGGGCUUGGGAACCCUCCUGCCGUGGAACUUCUUCAUGACAGCCACCAUGUACUUCACCAGCAGGCUGAAGGACCCGCCCAGCGAGCUCUCCACCAAUCAGACGGCCAACGGCACGCUGGAUGGUGGUGACACCCGGAACGUCCUGGAGUCCAAGUUCAACAACGUGAUGACGCUGUGCGCCAUGGUGCCUCUGCUCAUCUUCACCUGCCUCAACUCCUUCAUCCACCAGAGGAUCCCUCUGAAGCUGCGCAUUUCGGGCAGCCUGUCGGUAAUCCUGGUGGUCUUCCUGCUGACGGCGCUGUUUGUCAAGGUGGACGUGACCCCGCUGCCCUUCUUCACCCUCACCAUGAUCAAGAUCAUCUUCAUCAACUCGUUCGGGGCAGUUCUGCAGGGCAGCCUGUUCGGGCUAGCAGGGAUCCUGCCCACCUCCUACACCACACCCAUCAUGAGCGGCCAGGGCCUCGCUGGGACCUUUGCCGCCUUCUCCAUGAUCUGCGCCCUGGCCUCCGGCUCGGCAUUGCGGGACAGCGCCUUCGGCUACUUCAUCACAGCCUGCUUCGUUAUUCUCAUCGCCAUCAUCUCCUACCUGACUCUGCCCAGGAUGGAGUUUUUCCAGUACUACAUGGAAAGUAACGGGUCCAGGUUGUCUGCUGAUGACGAGAACAAAAUGGACCUUCUCAGACAAGAAAAUGGAAAGAAGCAUCCAAUGGCGAGUUUGAAUGAACACGACGGCAAACCGGACGUGUCUGUGGUCAAAAUCUUUCGCAAGAUCUGGGUGAUGGCUCUGUCAGUGUGCUUCAUCUUCACCGUCACCAUCGGGACGUUCCCGGCCGUCACCGUCGAGGUCAAGUCCACGGUGGCCAACGGAGGCAGCUGGGAAACCUACUUCAUCCCAGUGUCGUGUUUCCUCCUCUUCAACGUGAUGGACUGGGCUGGCCGAAGUCUGACGGCCGUCUGCAUGUGGCCUGGCAAGGACAGCCGGUGGCUCCCCGCUCUGGUGGGCAUGCGACUUAUGUUCGUGCCGCUGUUCAUGCUGUGCAACGUGCAGCCUCGCCACUACCUGCCCGUGCUCUUCUCACACGAUGCCUGGUACAUCGUCUUCAUGGUCCUCUUCUCCUUCUCCAACGGCUACCUGGCCAGCCUCUGCAUGUGCUUCGGACCCAAGAAAGUGUCACAGCAGGAGGCGGAAACGGCAGGGGCCAUCAUGGCCUUCUUCUUGUCCCUGGGCUUGGCGCUGGGGGCCGCCCUCUCCUUCGCCUUCCGUGCCAUCAUCUAAAAUGGCCGCCGCCACGUACAUACGACAAAGCGCACAUACACACGACACGUAACGCCAUCCGCUCUUUCCGUGACCGCGGGAGAAAGCCGCCGCUGAGAGAAGACCAGAGACACCCCCCCCGUUCCUCCCCUUGGCAACUAUAUAAGCUAAGAAAGCGACUGACACCUUUAAGCUGACUGGUUGUUUCCCAGCAUGCAACCUGGUAACCAUCAAUGAUGAUGUUUUUUUCUUCUUCAAAUUACGACUGAAAUCAUGACAGACUGACGAUUGUAUGGCAAGAGCCUCGAUUAUAACUUAUUUGAGACAUUUUACGAAUGAGGCUCCUUUCACUAUGUACUUAUGGGCUAUUUUGUUUUAUUUUUGUUUGUGCCAAAAAUACUUGUACAAAUGGGUUAUUUAAAGCCACAGAAAAGAGAAUCAAAUUAAAAUAUUACAUUUUUGCAAGCCUAUGAGAGAAAUUUCAAAAAAUGGCACAAUUUUCAUAAUUAAGUAGUAAUAUUUCGAGUCAUGAGAAUAAAGUAAUAUUCUGAGAAGGAAGUUAUGAGGGAAAUAAGUACUUUUAUUUCUGAGAUGUCACACGAUUAAAAAAAAACGUUAUUCCCAUAAAAUUAUAGCUGUUGAAAAAAAUAUAUGUUUAUAUAUUCUGAUGUUGCAUUAUUAUUUUUGUGUUCCUUUAAAAUGGACCGCAAAUAGAUGGGAAAAACUAGGUGCCUUGCUGUAAGGGUAUUAUAUUAGCACGAGUGCUAAUUCUAAGCAAUUUUCCACUGACAUGAAAUGUUCCACCUGGUAAUGACACUGCCGCCAUUUUCUUAUCCAAUAUUUUUGUAUAUUUUUACCAACUCUCCCGAGUUUAUUUUUAUAUGGUUGUCAAUAGCAUAGACCAUGUUUUACUGGUGUCUGUAUUCGACGGCAUGAGAUGCAUAGAAUCUUUAAAGCGCAAUUUGUUUUGUGUACAGGAGUUCGCAUCAUGUUCACUUACAAUACAGGACAAUAAAUUGUAUUUUUAAGA